GCGCCCCUUCGGGGGAGCUCGUGUGAGACUUGGUGUCGAGGCAGCACCGCUGGACGGCGUCCCCCGCCCACGCCCCGAGCCACAGGGAGACUCCUUCGUGGGCACAGGCACGCUGUGGCAUGGCAGCUCAUGUGAAAUUGUGGGAAUUUAAAGAGAAUGGAGAAUAAAAAUUUGAAUGUUUCCUUAUUAGAGAUUUAACGAUACGUGGUAUUUCUAGAGACUGCCUCCGCGUAGGUUGCGUUUUAUGUGGUAACUUCGGCAUCUUUACGCUUCAUCGCCCGAGAAUUUAUUAAGGACCCAAAAUGCAUCUGACGCCACCAGACGCCGAAGACGAUGCAGGGAAACGGGUGCGCUGCACACAAAUGCACACACCGCGUGUGCUCACGCCAAGUGCACACACGUACCGUGCACACUCACCACGUGCACUCCUACCACGCACAGGCACACAUCACACCACGCGUGCUCACACUUCAUCCGCGUCACUCAUACCACACACGUACCACGUGUGUACACACACCAUGCACACACACACCACAUGUACUCAUACUGCACGCACGCGCACACCGUGUGCUCCUGCCACACACGCGCACACGUCACGUGCACCCUACCACAUGCACUCGUGCCACACACACACACGUGCUCACGUGCAUAAAGAAAGGCUACCUUUUCCGAGCCACUCGAGAGAGUAGCUCUCGGCAUGGAGCACCUCCGCGCGUCCUAGGAGGGAGGCGACGGCCUCUCCCCCCUGUAGCCGCUGGGUCUCCACCGCAGCCGACAGGCAGUGUGGGCACAGACAUGUCCGCUGGGCGCACCUGCUCCAGCCUCUCCCCGACUCGAUGUCGUCCGAUGAUCCCUGAGGAGGCUGGCCUUUGCAGCACCUCCUGCCUCCGGCUGGUGCCCAACACUCUAUGCGAGCCAGCUCCCGCCUUUCCCCUUUGGUCUAAUUGUCCCAGCGUUUAUCAUGUACGUAUUACCGGCAUUUAUCACUCAUUUAUAAUUGGUCAGGGCUCAGAUAUUUGUCAUCGGUUAUCAGCAUGCAUCCGCGGAUCGCUGCCGGGCCUCACGCUGUGCCGGGGUCGCACGGGGAGCUGUCAUGUGACGUGUCAUUGCCUCCCUACUUUCCGGCACAAGGCUCUCGGGUCCCUCUGUCCCAGCCCAGAAGUCAGCCAUUUGUCCGAGGGGCCCUGCCUCCUCUUGGGGAAUGGUCGUGGAGACAGGCCUGGGUGCAAAACCUGCGUGUUGCUUUCAAGAUGUCUGUUUUUAGGCCGUGUCUGUGGACAGCGAGGGAGGACGGGCACACCCACACGCACACACCUAUGUGCGCUUUUGAGAGACCGCGGCGCCAUGCCGACACCUCCAGUUCCACCUCCGUGGGCUCGUUUGCCUGCCUUGUCUGUAUCUACAUCUGCCCUCCACGUCUCGGGAUCUGACUUCCCACCCUCCUUAUUGGUAGAACGUGAUCGCGCUUCCAGAAGUCUGGACUCUUCACAAAGGCACGCUCAGGGACAUGGCUCCCUCCUGUCCCGCCUCCACGUUUUUGCAACUAGCGUCAGUUUUCUGGUUUGUCCUUUUUGUGAAGAUGCCUGUGUGCUGACUGCACGUUGUUUCUUCUCCUGGAAAGCACUCUUCUACUUGGGGACGACUCCCUCUUGGAGCCACGUAGUGCCUCAUCGUGUGGAUGAACCGUGGCCGACUCAGCCAGCCUCCCGCAUGCUGGCGUUUUCGUGGUUGCCAGGACUUCAUGACUCCCAACAGAGCUGUUUGAAUAACCUCAUGCACGUGUAUUUUCAUGCUGUUCGGGGUGCGUCUUUAUGGCGAAUUCCUACAAGUGGGAAUGCGAGGUCACGGGGAAGCGUGGAUCCAUUUGGCUGGGUAUUGCCACAUUGCCCUGCCCUUCUCCCCUCGCUGGUCUGGUGGUGGGGCAAUGGUGCCUCUGGACUUUGCUUCGUCCUUUUUUUUUCCUUUUUAAUGUUUAUUUGAGGCAGAGAGAGAGCAAGGGGGGGAGGGGCAGGCAGAGGGGGAGAGAGAGAUUCCCAAGC